AUGACAAGGUCCAAUGGAGGCUCGCUUGAUCAUCUCGUUUUCACGUUCUCCGCUCUGGAGAGCAACUUUCAAAUUUUUAUACUGAAGGAAUGGGACAUCGUAAUUCCGCGUGGCUUCUACGUCUCCACUACGGACAUCUGGAGCUCUAAUUCGUGGUCUGAUCCAAUUUUCUUCGAUGUUCCUGGAAUCGACCAAGAUCUCUUUUUCGAUGACGAUGGCAAAGUUUACUUUUCCGCCGUUAACAUGAUCACCCAUCCAAGGGUUAAGAAACACGGUCUUGGACUGGCAACUUUCACUUCAGAGAUAGACCUCGGUACAGGUCGAUGUCUUGGGCCUGUGAGAUAUAACCGGAUCUCGCCGUUCAGUAUCGGUAUUGCUGAAGGCCCUCAUAUCUUCAAAAAAGACGGAUUUUAUUAUCUGAGCACAGCGGAAGGCGGCACUGAUGAGGGCCACCAGCAGUGGAUCUGUCGCAGCUCCACGGGACCAUUUGGACCUUGGGAAGUCGGACCAGAAGGAACUGUCAACCCAGUCAUAUUCAAUGAUGAUGAUCCUUCGGUCCGCAACACAGGACAUCUGGAUUUCAUUGAAACUUCCAAUGGCAAAUGGUGGGCUGUGUUCCUAGGUGUCCGACCUCAGGGCGAGAACUCUGAACUCAUAUCCCAGCUUCGACGAGAAACAUUCCUGGCUCCUGUAGAAUGGGUCGAUGGUUGGCCAAUUGUCAAUGAUCGUCAAAAGAUCGGUCUCCAGGUACAGGCGGAAGGUAUGAAGCUCCUCCCACGACCGGAGAUUUGGAGAGAUGACUUCAGCGGUCCGAAAAUGCAAUUGGAUUGGUAUCGACUAAGAACGCCGUUGAAAGAGGAUUAUUCCUUCUUUGAGCGACGAGGGUGCUUAAGCAUUUAUGGAAAUGCAUAUCGCAUCGACCAGUCCGAAUGCCCUUCCAUGCUGCUACAGAAGCAGACUGGGUUUUCAGGCGACUGGUCCACCAAAUUAGAUUUUGCACCUACAGAGGCUGGCCAUGAGGCUGGAACAGCGAUCUGGUGGUCACAGUUUGCAUAUGCUUCGAUUGGAAUCCGCAAGCCUUGGGAUGAUGAAAAGGCAGGACUGGAAGUUGUAUCACGAUACUAUGAUGGGGACAGUGACGAGUUCAAGGUAUUGACUAUCUCAUUCCAUUGA